AUGGCAGAAAGUACGCGCUUCAAAACCUUAGAAGAUCAUCUCAGGAAGCAGGAACUCAAGUUGCAGGAGGUUGUGGAGGACAUGAAGAACUUGCAGCUGCAAGUAAAGGAGGAAAUGGAAGGCAGGGACAAGAGACUGGAUACGAUCACCCUGGGAAUGGAACAAAAGUUUGAGGCUCUCAGCUCGAUGAUGAAGUCACUACUGGCCAAGGAGAAGAUCUCAGAAGAAGAAGGCAGAGUUGUGAGGGAACGUGCUCCAUUACUUCCUACACCUCCCAGUCAUCAGAGGUUAGGCUGGGGAGCAGAUGGAGAAACAAAAAGUGGCGAGCUCCUGGGUAAGAUUCCUGGCUAUAAUCCUCCAAAACUUGAAUUACAUCUGUUUAGUGGUGAGAACCCCAGGGAAUGGAUCAGAAAAUGCAACAAAUAUUUCUUGCUGAAUAAAGUGCCUGAUGAGCAUAAAUUGCUGCUGGUAGAAAUGUUUUUGGAAGGUAGAGCUGAUAACUGGUUUCAGGGGAUCAAGUUGGAAAAACCUAGACUAACAUGGGAGGAAUUUGGGGAAUUGCUUUGCCAGAGGUUCAAAGGAACAUGUUGUAGAGAUAUUGUGGAGGAAUUUAAUAAACUACAACAGGUAGGCACCGUAGAGGUUUAUCAGGAGAAGUUUGAGGAACUAAAGACAUUGAUGCUGAUUCAGAAUCCAAGCUUUAGUGAGGAGUACUUUAUUUCUAGUUUCACGAGUGGUCUCAAGGAAGAACUUAAGCCUAUGGUGAAAAUGCUCAAGCCCAACACUCUUUCUGGAGUCAUGGAGGUGGCUUACUUACAGGAGCAGACCCUCAGGUUACAAGGGAGAACUGUCAAGGAUGGCAAUAGAGUGGUGGCUGAACCCAAAUUUGGGAUGUACAGGCAUCACACGUCUGCCAAUGGAGGAGUCAGUGCAUACAAGCUACCUCAGAACAGCAUUCCCAAAGUAGCUCCCAAGAAUUCAGAUAGAAGUCCAGAGUUUAAGAGGUUGUCCCCUCAAGAACUACAGUUCAGAAGGAGCAAUGGACUGUGUUUCAGGUGUGGGGAGAAGUUUGGGGUUGGUCAUCAAUGCAGGCAGAAACACUUGAACCUUAUGAUGUAUGAAGAGGAGGAGGAGGAUACUGAGUUCCAGGAUGCACAGGGGGAACAAGAUGAAUUAACUGGAAACCCAGGCGAGCCAGUUGAAAUUUCACUAAAUGCCUUAUCAGAUUCUCUUAGGAGGAAUACUAUCCUAUUGCAGGGACAGUUGGCAGGGGAGCCUGUUAGAAUAUUAGUGGAUACAGGUAGCAGUGAUAGUUAUAUCCACCAUAAGCUAGUAUCUACACAAGGCAUUCCAUUUGAAUAUAUCAAGCCUUUCACUGUCACCAUGGGGGAUGGAAGCUUGGUAACCAGUGGAGCUCACUGUCCAAAGGUUUCAUGGAAUGUGCAGAACAACAAAUUUUGCUUUGACCUCAGGAUAAUGGAAUUAGGCGAUUGGGACCUGAUUCUGGGUGUAGAUUGGAUGCACAACUACAGUCCCAUCACCUUUGACUUUCGCCAACUAAAAAUUUCCAUGUUUCAUCAAGGGGAGGUAGUCACAUUGCAUGGGGCAGUUACUGAUGCAACCAUGGAACUCAUUAGAAGGAAGGAUCUCAGAGGUUUCUUACAUGAGAAAAGGAGGUGCUGUGCUAUUGCAGCACAGGCUGGGAAGGAGGACACAACUACACAGGGAGUUCCUGGAUCAAUUACUGCUGUCUUGGAGAAAUUCUCAGGAGUAUUUCAGGAGCCUACUCAGCUGCCCCCUAACAGAUCUUUGGAUCAUCAAAUUCCCCUUAAGUCAGGAGCACAAGCUUUUAAAAUGAAGCCUUACAGGUACCCUCACUCACAGAAGGCAGAGAUUGAAAAGCAGAUAGCAGAUAUGCUAAAAUCUGGAAUCAUCAAACCAAGCAAUAGUCCAUAUGCUUCACCUGUGCUGUUGGUUAAGAAGAAAGAUAAUACUUGGCGUUUUUGUGUAGAUUACAGGCACCUAAAUGACUUGACAAUUAAGGAUAGGUACCCUAUCCCCAAUAUUGAUGAACUCUUGGAUGAGCUAUAUGGAGCCAAAUUUUUCUCAAAAAUCGACCUGAGAUCAGGCUACCACCAGAUCAGAGUCAAGAUGGCAGACACACACAAGACAGCCUUUCAAACUCAUCAGGGACAUUAUGAGUUCUUGGUAAUGCCAUUUGGGCUCACCAAUGCACCAGCAACAUUUCAAGCACUGAUGAACCAGGUUUUUGAGCCAUUUUUGAGGAAGUUUGUCUUGGUUUUCUUUGAUGAUAUCCUGGUUUACAGUGCCACCAUGGACCUCCACAAGGAACACCUGGGGCAGGUGCUGAAGGUGCUCCAACAGAAUCAGUUGUAUGCCAAGCUUUCGAAGUGUUCUUUUGCUCAGCAAGAAGUGGAGUACUUGGGGCAUGUGGUGUCCAGGACAGGGGAUGCUUAUGCCUGGAAUCCAGAAUCAUACAAAGCCUUCAAUGUCCUUAAGCAGGCUGUCAGUAGUGCUCCAGUACUGAGAUUGCCCAAUUUUGAUAUUCCCUUUGUGGUGGAAACUGAUGCUAGUGGACUGGGCAUGGGAGCUGUUCUCUUACAAGAAGGUCACCCCAUAGCAUUCAUCAGCAAGGCAUUCUCCCUUAAGAACUUAGGAUUGUCUGUCUAUGAAAAAGAACUAAUGGCAUUGGUUUUUGCAGUAACUAAGUGGAAGCAUUACCUGGUAGGGAAUCACUUCAUCAUAAGGACAGAUCACAAGUCCUUGAAAUUUUUGUUGGAACAAAGACUGACUACCACGGCCCAGUACAAAUGGUUGACAAAGCUGUUAGGCUUGGACUAUGAGAUUCAGUACAAAAAAGGGACAGAGAACACUGUGGCUGAUGUCUUGUCUAGAAGAACCAGAGUUGAGCUGCAACAUGAACCACUGCAGUUGAUGGCUCUCACUGGAGCACAACCUAUGUGGAUGCAAGAAUUACAGGACAGUUAUUUUGAAGACACACAUUGCAGGGAAUUGAUGAGUCAACUGCUGCUAGAUCCCACACCCCAGAACUCUGAUUUCUAG